GUUUUGUCCUUCAGGGCCACCAUAGUGAUCAGUCAGCCCCCUUGUCCCCUCAGCCAUCCAUCCAUCCAUCCACCCUCCCUCCAUCAAUCUCUCCUCCAUCCUUCCAGGCGCUGUUGCAUGCUGAACACAUCCACCCUCCUCACCAUGCGUGCUUGACGUCAGAACCUUAGGAGGGGCUCCUCCGUCAGGCUGGUUGCUGUUUGUGGUGCUGAAACAACGCCUGCACUGUGUUGCCAUUUAGCCGAUGUUUUUAUGCUCUCGUGCUUUUUUCCUGCUCAAACAUGCGUCUUUAAUCCGACAUCUUCAUCCCGAGCAGCUCACACCUGGAUUCGGCGUUGAAUCAUGCUGUUUUAGCAGAGCUUAGAAAUGGAUUAGCACCGUGCUGAACACAGGCAGGAGCGGUAUGGAUCCACGGUGGUGUCCCAUCCUCGUCGCUGCAUUGGCGGCCAGCCUGUGCUCCUCACCAACCCUGGCUGACAGGAAAUUUGGUUGCCUGUUUGAAGAUGAGCUCUGUACACCCUACGAGUUCUGCGUCAACGAUGGAGUAUUUGGAAGAUGCCAGCAGCUUGCCCAUGCAGACCUGUACACAUACGACAUUUCUUCCACGGCCCUGCAACGCCUCAGGAUCCUCCUACAGAAACUGGCUCACAGAGGUUUGACCUGGCAGGAUGACAUCACUCAACAAGUCAUCUCUAGAGAGCUCUCCAAACUGAGGAGUGUCCCUAUCCAACAUCAGGGGACGCUUCCGAGCUCGCUGACUGCCUACAGCAGCUCCAGAGAUCGCAAACUGAGGCCUGCUCAUGCUGAGUUGAACAGAAACCUUCAGCAGUACCUGACAGGCCUUGGCUUCCUGUCGCAGUCUGAGGAUGAUGAACAACCAGGGCGCCAACGAGAGGGAGGCAACAUUCAAAAUGAAGACAUCAAGUCUGAUGGUCAUCUGGAGCCCAGCCGGUCAAAACCCCAGCAGGCCUGGAAGGAGACCACUCUCUACAGCCUUCAUAAAGGAGAUGGCCAUCCUCCUGUCACCAAAGUCUUCUCCAAGAGUGGAGAGGGCAGACACCCAGGGUUCAGCUCAACCUACACUAAGUCAGACCCAGAGAGGGGCAAGCUGCUGUCCAGCCAGCUGGAACGCCUUCUUGCCGAGAUACCAAGCACCCAGCAGGGUGGCAAAAAUGGCGCUGCUGAGCGGCCCAAAGAAAAGCUCCAUUACCUGAGCUAUGUCCAGCCAGCACCCAAUGACCAUGCAGAGCCGCAGUCUAAGGUAGCUUUUACAUCCAAAGCUCAAAGGCCAAAUCUAGAUCGACUUCUUCUCAAGGCUGGAUCGAACAGACUGAACGCCAAAGAGCCUCUCAGUAUCAUGGAUGACCGGUUCAUCCAUAAUAUGGUGAAUGAGCUGGGAAGACACAGCAUCAACAUGGAUGGUUUUAUGGGCAAUGAUCUGGACCAUCUGGUUAAGGUCAUCACUGGAGCACUGCACGAGGUGCACGAGGAGCAACCUGUGGCUGGGGCCCUGCCGGGAACGGGACCAGGAGCAUCUGAGUCCAGAGGGGGCAAUGAGGGAAACAAGGGACCACUGAUAGCAAUGAAUCAAGACCAAGACCUGAAAUCAGACAAAGAUCUGGGUGUUAAACAGAAAGAACUUCCUGUAAUGAAACAGCAAGGCCAACAAAUAGAGGGUUCAGAAAAAGAGCCUGUUGACAAGCAUGAAGCCUUCUUCUCCAAGCUGCUUGACUACCUCAACCUGGAGCCAUUUGGUGACGCUCCAGAGGUCAACAUGCAUCCAGCCGGCCUCCAGAAAAUGGUUGGGAUGGAAAAUGUCCAGAGCCGAACAACGCAGGGGAAAGUUCCUGCAUCCAUACACUGGGAGAAGACCAUUGUGGAGCCUGCAAAAGAAGGCUCAACUCUGAGAUUGACCGGUGGUGCGGCUGGGCCUGAUGCUCAGGUGGACUCAGAGAUCCAGAGCUGGAUGCAGGGGCAUCAGGAUCCAGCGGGGAAAAAGCAGCAGGAGGAGCCACAGAAGAAGGACAUGAAAAUCAAAACUCAGCUGGUCCAUGUGGGGGUGAAGGAGUUUGCCAGCAGAGGGAAGGACAGACACUUUGGCUAUAUAAUCACUGGAUCAGAUUCCCUCACCAAUGACCAGGCCUCGGACUUGAUGGAGCACCUGGCACAGAGGCUGAACCUCCACGCUGCAGACCUCUCUCAGCUCUCUGUCCUGGGUCCAGCCUUGACUUUCAGAAUCAGCCACAACCCCAGGAACGUGUCCACAGCAGAUCUGGUGCAAGUCGCAGUCCAACAGAAGCAGCAGCUGGAGAAGGAGACGGGCCUGAAGAUAGUGGAGGCCGGAGUCAGUGAUAGGGGCAGUCUGACCCAGAUUCCCGUGGUGAAGGAGACCCGGGUGGAGUCGGGCCAGUUCCUGCUGCUCUCCGUCCUUUGCAUGCUCUUCAUCCUGGUGGCGCUGGCCGUAUCCACCACUUUCUUCUGCGUGCGCCAGCGCUCACACCUCCGCAUGAAGGAGAAGCUGGCCAGCCUGGGGACUGACACCAGUACUGAUGCCACGGCAACCUAUCAGGAGCUUUGUCGCCAGCGUAUGGCUAUCAGGACGUCUGAGCGUGUGGAGAGGCCAGAGACCCUGCGUCACUCCCGGCUCAACAGUGUCUCCUCCCAGUUCAGCGAUGGCCCUGCUGCCAGCCCGUCCACCCGCAGCAGCACCUCCUCCUGGUGUGAGGAGCCUGUGCCAUCCAACAUGGACAUCUCCACUGGUCACAUGAUUUUGUCAUACAUGGAGGACCACUUGAAGAACAAAAACCGUCUGGAGCGUGAGUGGGAGGCCCUGUGCUCCUACCAGGCAGAGCCCAGCACCUGCAUUGUGGGGCAGGGAGAGCAGAACACCAAGAGGAACCGCUCGGACUCUGUAGUCGUCUACGAUCACUCCAGGAUCACCUUGAAAGCAGAGAAUAACCACGGCAACUCAGAUUACAUCAAUGCAAGCCCAAUAAUGGACCAUGACCCUCGCAACCCUACUUACAUCUCCUCGCAGGGCCCACUUCCCUCCACUGUGGCGGACUUCUGGCAGAUGGUGUGGGAGAGCGGCUGCGUCGUCAUCGUCAUGUUGACCCCGCUGUCUGAAAACGGAGUGAAGCAGUGUCAUCACUACUGGCCUGAUGAGGGGUCUGAUGUCUAUCACAUCUAUGAGGUCAACUUGGUGUCAGAGCACAUCUGGUGUGAGGACUUCCUGGUGCGCAGCUUCUACCUGAAGAACCUGCAGACCAACGAGACACGCACUGUCACCCAGUUCCAUUUCUUGUCCUGGAUGGACCGUGGAAUUCCCACCUCAGCCAGGACCCUGUUAGACUUCCGCAGAAAGGUUAACAAGUGCUACCGGGGUCGAUCAUGCCCGAUAAUUGUCCACUGCAGCGAUGGAGCCGGCAGGAGUGGGACUUACAUUCUGAUUGACAUGGUCCUCAAUAGGAUGGCUAAAGGUGCUAAAGAGAUUGAUAUUGCCGCUACCCUGGAGCACUUGAGAGACCAGAGAGCUGGCAUGGUCCAGACAAAGGAGCAGUUUGAGUUUGCGCUGACAGCCGUGGCAGAGGAGGUGAACGCCAUCCUGAAAGCCCUCCCUCAGUGAAAGACAUCACCCCCUGCCCCCCCAAAACACCUUCUGCUGGCUCGCUGAGCACCCGUUUCCUCUGCCCACUCAAGACCAACGACUCUCCCUCCCUCUCUCUGCCCUCCCUUCUCCUUCUCCUCGCUCUGUUUCUCUCCUGUUUCUGCCUCCUCUUCACCUCUAUAUUUACUCUAUACUUAUGAAUGUCGUGCCAGAUAUCCCACCUGGAUCCAUAUUCACAAAACGGUGCCUCGGAGUGCGACCGCUGAUCUGGGACCAGCCCUCGUGCUGUGAGAGUUUUUUGUUAAUAUGAACCCAGAUCUUCUUUAACUGUAACGUUGUUCCUGAACAUACCGUUCUAGUGCCACAGACUAAGCUGUUUACGUGAUGUCAAGUGAAGACUUUUGUUCCAAAAUCAGCUAUAGAAAAAACACAGGCUCAUAAAGCAAAUUUGGCACAGACGAUAGUAGAGCUGCAACUUUAUUAUUUUUACACGAUAAAAAUGAGUUCAUCAGCCUAUUAUGUAUUUAAAAAAAUUGUAAAAUCUCUAUCAUUGGUGCAUUUAGGCCUUCAGUACGCUUAUUCAUCUAAUGUGUUUUCUUACAUUUUAAAAGCUCCUGUGACGAGUUUUUAGCUGGUAAUCAAACAGACUGAAACUCAUACUAAUGCUUCUUUAUGACCUUCAAAAGCAAACUAGAACAUCAAUGAUUAGACUUUCAUUAAGUAAGAUUCAAUGCUUGAAACCCCUGGUGUGGGGUAGGUGUCAAAUUCAGGGAUUUACUGCAAGCCGCCUUGCAGCAAAGUGAUAUAUUGAUUAAGAUAUAGCACAAUAUAAUUUUGUCUGAAAAUGACUACUUACACAUGUAUAAGACAAAAUCUGCAUAAAGAUAAGAUGCACCACUUUGUCCACAGGGGGUGCCAAAAUCAGCUUAAUCCAAAAGAUGCUCACAGGAGCUUUAAUAGAUUCAAUUUUUUGGCAAUUAAUACAAAGUUAAAGAUCGAAAUGUCAUAUUAAAGAGACUGGAACCAGGAACUAGGAGGUCAUUUUGCUUGUGAAACAUAUUUUCCGAUUGAAUAACUGUUGCAGCUCUUCACUAAAGUACCUUCAAAUAGUGAUAUGUCAAUUAAGCUUCAUUCUUGCCUGUAAAAAUCCUAAUAUUGUACAGAUUAUAUUCCCUACAUAAAUGGAUGUUGCGGAUGCAUACAGUAUAGCUUUUGGAAAUAAACUCCUCACAUGUGUCUUCUCUUCUGUGAUCUGAACCAAACACUAUAAAUAUACUUGGCAUCACAUGUUGGAGUGUGUUUGUGUUGUUGUGUUUUGGGUCCAGACGUCUCACUCCUUCAGACGCUCUGAGUCCUAAAAAAAGAAGCCUCACAGGUCAUGGUCAUGAUUCAUGCAACAUAUCAACGUUUUUUAUUCCUCAUUUUACACCUGUUACAUCUCUGUUAAUAUUCAAUGUAAUAGAAGUAUACAAACUGAGAUAGUUCAUAUAUCAAUAGUAAUAAAAAUGAUAUAUUUAACAGAUACAGUAUAUUGGGAUUGUUAAUGAAUUUGUUUGUCAUCCAUCACUGGUAUAUUGUGAUAUUUUGUGCAACAUGACAGAUUAUUCCCUCUAUGUAGAGACAAUGAAUGACUUUAUGAAUCCCUAUAUAGUGCUAUAUGAACAGUAAACUGAGAGCCUCAAUGAGAACUAUAUAUUUUGUGUGAAAAGUACCAUGAGAGUUAAUAAUAAAUCUGAACAGAUUAUAACGCUU